AUUCUGUACAAACUGACAUUUCCGUUUUGUACACAGUCGCUAGCAACCGCCAUCGCUCUUCUUGUGAGAAAUACCAGUUAUUCUUCUUCCUCUUGUUAUUAUUAUCGUCGCUGCUGUUUCGAGAUGAACACGGUCUUGUCGAGAGCUAACUCUUUGUUCGCCUUCUCCCUGAGCGUCAUGGCGGCCCUAACUUUUGGCUGUUUCGUCACGACAGCAUUCAAAGACAGAAGAGUUCCUGUGGACAUCCACGUAACAAAAGUCAUGCUGAAGAAUGUUGAUGACUUCACAGGACCCAGAGAGCGCAGUGAUCUGGGGUUCCUCACCUUUGACCUCUCAGCUGAUUUGCAGCCCAUUUUUGACUGGAAUGUUAAACAGCUGUUUCUCUAUCUGUCUGCUGAGUACACCACAAAGAGCAAUUCUCUGAACCAGGUGGUGCUGUGGGAUAAGAUCGUCCUUCGCGGUGAGAACACCAAACUGAACCUCAGAGAUACGAAGUCCAAAUACUUCUUCUUUGAUGAUGGGAACGGACUCAGGGCCAAUAAGAACAUCACUCUGACGUUGUCAUGGAAUGUUGUUCCCAACGCUGGAAUCCUGCCACUGGUCGCUGGAAGUGGACAAGUCAGCCUCCCUUUCCCUGAAGCUUAUGAAACCACCAGGAGCUAUUAGACAGAGAAACACACACCCAGCCUGUUUCAACACAUACACACACAAACUGAUGACUCACACACACACUGUACACUGGUGUUUCUUUACAGUUGUAAAUUAAUUUUUGGUUUGUAAUAAAAAUUAAGAUGGGAACAAGCGUGUCUUUGUAAGAAUAUAUGAAAAGCAAUAGCAAGUAAACUGUUCAGUUCACCCAGUCACAAAAAAUGUGUUCUCACUUUUUCUACAUGUAAAUAUUGUGGCUGUUGGCUUGAUUUGAACCAUUAUAAAACAUGUAUUGAUGAUAAAGUGCAGUGAAAUUAACAA